UUUUUUUUUUUUUAGAAAAUAGAAAUUAAUUCUUAAAACAUGGAGCAUGAUGUUAGACAAAUUUUAAUAGAAUUUUCUCAAAAGUUGAACUUUGAAAAUGUGAAUGAUUUUAUUAAUACUGCAGAGGAAAUUAAAGAAAUGCAUAUCACUAUGGAUUGUUUUGAUUGUAAAGCUUCUCAAAAUAUCUUUUUAAGUUUAAAAACGCAUCCCAUUAAUUUAGAAGAUGAAUAUGGAAAAGGAGAUGUUGUUAAUGUAAAAAAUGAUUUUGAAAAAGUAGAUUUUAUUAAUGCAAAAAAUGAGCCAGGAAAAGCACACUCUAUUUAUGCAGCAGGUAAGCUUGAAGAAAAGCAUAGUUCUCUGGAUUCUACUUUAUCUGAGAAAUCUUGUUUUGAAUCAAAGGCAAACUAUAUUAAUAUUUCUGAUGUAAGUGAAAAUUCUAUUUGUAGUUCCUCCCCUGCAAAAAUUACUCAAAAUCAAAGUUUUUCUUUUCCGAAAUUUGUUUUAUCAUCGGAAAGUGAUGAAGAAGAAAUUGUCAUUAUAAGGAAAAAAAAAAGAAAAUCUGUUUGUGUUCGGAAACACAAGAUAUCUUCAGAAAGUAGUCAAUGUUCGAGUGAUGAAGAUUAUAUUAAAAAAGAUAAUAAAAACACUGAUGAAAAUGAUAACAGUGAUAGUGAAACUCAAUCAUCACAAAGUAUAAAUUCAGAUAGUUCAGUAGAAACAAAAAAAAACUCCAAAAUCUUUAAUGAAAAACAUGAUUCAAAACAAAAGACUGAUGAUUUUGAAAGUGAAAGUGACUUUGAUAUGUUUAUUAACCAGUCAGAAUUGUCAUCAAAAAAUAAAAGUAAUUCAUUGUUUGUCCCUGUGAAACAUGAUUAUAAUCACUCUGAAUUAGAAUUGAUAGAUUCUGAUUAUGAUGACGAUACCAGUGUUUUUGAAAUAAAUUCUCCCUCAUUGAUAAAUACUUCAAGUUUUGUAAACAAAGUCUCACCAAAACUUAAACCAGUUUAUAACAUAUGUUUUGAAACACCUAAACAAACCACAGUUCCUCAAAAAAAGGUAAACUCAGUAUUUAAAACGCCCAAGUCUGCUGUGAAAAAUGUUUUUAAUCAAUAUGCUAUUAAAUCUGUUCCAGGCACACCUGCUUACAAGCGUGAAUUUUGCAAAGUUAGAGACCAAUAUGUUAGUGAGCUUUUUACAUUGUUUAACAAAACUGUAUUUGAUAAUAAACUACCAGCCGAUUUGCCUAUAACAUGGAACAAAAGGAUGACCAAGACUGCUGGUUUUUGCUAUUACAAGUCAUCAAUGGGUGUUAGAUGUUCGUCUAUUGAAUUAUCUGAUAAAGUUGUUGAUUCAACAGAUAGAGUAAGAGAUACUCUUAUACAUGAACUUUGUCAUGCUGCUGUUUGGUUAAUAGAUGGAAUGAAAGGAGGGCAUGGUCCACGUUGGAAAUAUUGGGCAAAUAAAAGUAACAGAGUGCACUCUGAUAUACCCGUGAUAUCUCGGUGUCAUCAAUAUGAUAUUAACUAUAAGUAUAUAUAUAAAUGUGAAGGUUGCGGUGUUGAAGUUGGUCGACAUUCGAAAUCUGUUGAUUCUAAUAGACACACUUGUAUUCGCUGUGAUGGUAAUUUUAUAUUGACUAAUUCAUCGAGCACAAAUAAAAGAACUCCAAAUGCUUAUGCGAAUUUUCUCAAAAGUAAUUUUGCUAUUGUUAAAAAAAAUAAUCCAUUAUUGUCACAUAAAGAUCUGAUGUUAAAAAUAGCAGAGGAUUUUCAUAACAUCAAGCUAAAUAAUAAAGAAAACUGACAGUGAUUAAAAAAAGCAAUCUUUGUAUAUAUUAUUUGUCUUACACAACUUCUUUUUUUUAAUAUAUUUGUUUUAACAAUUUUUUAAAUUAAAAACCAACAUCUUUAG